UGAAGGAAGUACUUCUUAAAACUACUUCCGCACAGAAGCCUUGGGUACCCGCGCGCUGGCAGGAACGAGAUCGCGAGGCGCACACGAGCGCCAGACGCUGCGGAGGGGAACCAAGACGCCCCAGGCAGAGUUCCUGCCGGAGCCGGUGCGGCGGAGCGCCGGGCCCUGAGCGCAUGCGCACGACGCGGCGGCCCUCACCGGCGCAGGUAGGGCGGGCGCUGGGGCAGCCCUCCAAACACCCGACCGGCUCCGGGUCCACACAGCGCCUGAGGUUUUCAAACGGCGCCCACCCUGAGUCUCGUCAUCUUCGCGCCUCAAGCAAGACUCAGGAGCGCGUCGUGCCUAGUCUAUCUGGCAGUGAGGGCCCCUCCUCUUUCCAGUGCCCCAGGGACUGCGAGCAGAGAGUGGUCUUGGCCUUGGUGGAGACUGACCCAGGAACCAGAUGAGCAGAGACCUCUGUGUCCACACCUGGCCAUGCUCCUAUUAUUUGGAACUUGAGAAGCGAUGGGUUCCUGGAAAACUUCGGUUAACUCCACUCUCACUAAAAUUUCUGACUGAUAAAACUGGAGACUUUCUUGUCAGCUUUCCUCUUGCUGAUAUAAUUGAGAUCAAGAAAGAAGCUUCUCUUUUUAUCUUCAGUUCUGUCACCAUCCUGGAAAAGGACCAUGUCAAGCACUGGUUCAGUUCCUUGCAGCCUAGUCGGAAUGUUGUUUUCCAUAUCAUCGAACACUUCUGGAGAGAGUUGCUACUGUCUCAGCCAGGAGCUGCUGUGGAGGCGUCAUCCUCCAGCAUGACCAAGGGGAAGGAGCUGACUGGUCUGAUGGCCUGUUCCCAGAAGCGUCUAGAAGAUGCAGCCAGAGUCCUACACUACCAGGGUGAGCAGCUGGACAGCAUAACAAGCAGCCUGGACAAUAUGGAGUCUGACCUGGAUGUGGCUGACAGGUUGCUGAAAGAACUGGAAUCUCCUUCUUGGUGGCCCUUUAGCUUCAAGCUUUGGAAGAUGCCAUCAGACACAAACUCCAGGGGAGGCUCCUCAGUGGCUAGUACCAAAGCUCUUGGAAAAGAAGGAAUAGUGAUCAGAAUUCCUGCUGUUAUUUCCCAAGGAACAGAAUCUCACGUUAAACCAGGAAGGCUCACCAUCCUUGUUUCUGGGUUGGAAAUCCAUGACUCAAAUUCUUUGCUGUUACACAGAUUUGAAAGAGAGGAUGUAGAUGACAUUAAGGUUCACACACAUUAUGAAGUUAGCAUCCGCCAGCGGUUCAUUGGGAAGCCAGACAUAGCUUUUCGUUUGAUAUCUGCCAAGAUGCCAGAAGUUAUCCCCAUUUUGGAAAUGCAGUUCAGCAAGAAGAUCGAGUUUUUAGAAGAUGCCUUGAUGCUCAGAAGCACGGGAACUUCUUCCCCAGCAGAGAAGGGCUACUCAGUUUGGCAGGCAGCGUCCAGGCCCGUGGACUGUGCCAGGCACCGAGAGCCCUCCUCGGGGAGCCAGGAGGGCAGGCUGCUUCAGCUACAGAUGAGCGAGCCACUCAUUUCUGAGGAGGACACUCAGGAACUCAGACAGAUCCUUGGGAAGCUGAAGGGUCUUGCCUUGGAUGCCGAGGCAGAGCUGGAGAGACAGGACGAGGCACUGGAUGGCAUCGCCACUGCCGUGGACCGGGCAACCUUAACCAUUGACAAGCACAAUCGACGAGUGAAAAAACUGACUUAGAAGGACAGGGAGGGUAGAGGUGAGAGCUUUUGAUGAGAAUCGCAUCUCAGUAUGUUGUCCUCAACCCCUGCAUGCUGCCUUCAGAUGACGACCACAGGAGGUCAUUCUCAGGGCCAGAGAGAAACUUGGUCCUGCCUCGGGCAUACCUGCCUCAGGACAAAGGCUGCUGUGAAGGCCCUGGGCAGCCGCGGAGGGAGGGGCCCUCUGCAGGCCCUGAAGGUGCAGCUGCAGGAGAGGAGUUCUGCUGUGGACACAGCAAACGGCCUCCCGCCAAGGCCUCCCGAGCUGCUGGUGCCGUCAGGAGCACCCAUGCACUCAAGCACGUGGCUGAGCCCCGGUGAGCCCUGCACAGCUGCGUGGUGGCUCUUCAUUCAGAGGCUGGUCUGCACCCAGCGCUGAGGGACCACUUUGCAUGGCUUUAUCCCAGGUCUCCAGCAUCACCAGUAGCUGCAUUAUCAUCCUUCUCGUAAAAGGAAGGUUUAAGCCUCUGUGAAUAAAAUCUGCUUUUUCCUAACUGCGGGUCUAAGCACUGCAGGUGUACCUUGUAUCGGCACAAUCCCUUCUCCAGGACCACAUGCCUGAGCCUGCUCCCCUCUGGGCCGCUAAGCGACCCACCACCCUCACUUGUUCCAUCUCUCUGGUGGGCAGGCCAGUUUCUUUUUGGUUGUAUUUUCAUUUUCUAACUGAAGCUAAGAGUCUAGCAUACCUUAAGGUCAUCAUAUACUAGUAAACACCUGAAAUACUAUUUCACUGCCCACUUUUUAGCCAAGGUGAAAAUAGUACAUAUUGCACCUGUUUAAGAGGUUUUGGUUUUUGCUUUUACUGCCCCAUUUCUAUCCAGAAACAAAAGAGAAAUGCUAGUGUUAGGAUUUUUUGUGAAGAUACACAUUGAUGCUGCUUUUUGCUUGGUUUGGAGUCCAUGAGCGGGCCCCUUGGGGGAUGAGGGGAAAGUGGAGGAGCGUGCAUCUCCCAGACCACUUUGAAAUAGCAUCCUGGGAGGCUGUACAAAGAGAGGCUCCUUAGAUCUUGAGGAGUGUCUACAGUUCCUGGGAUGGCGCCUUCAGGCCCUGUGCUGCUGUGUUCGGAGUCCUGGGUGGGUUCAGGGAACUGCCCUGGGCAGUGCUAGAUUUCUGAGCUGACCUUAGCAAGUCCACACAGAGUAUACGACAACAGGAGUGUGCUCUCCAGGUCUGGAGGUCAGAAGUACAAGGUCAGGGUGUUGCAGGGCUACACUCCCUCCUGGCACUUAGAAGCUUCCAGUAACAGAAAAUCCAUCUGAGUUGAUGACUCGAGCCCAAACCACAGAAACCUACCUGUUUAAACCCACUAACAGUUGCCUAACUGAGGCAAAAGCACCAAAAACCCUGACACUAAGAACUCGCACAGCCCCUGCUUCCCACCCAGGUGCUCACUUCUACCUCCCACUGCUUCCCACCCCAGGUGCACUAACUCCCCCUUUCCUGGCCCCUCCACACCAGGUGCACGAAUGC